GUAAACUCCACAGUUGAAAAAUUCGAGAACCCAAAAACAUCUAAGGGCUCACUCUCUCUCUCUCUCCCACCCAAUGGAGGAAAACAUGGCCGCAUACUACCCGCCACCACCACCACCGGGGCACUACCCAACCUACUACCAACCGCAACCUCCGCCACCAACGGUGGCACCUAUUCCACCUCCACCUCCUCAUCACCUCCCUUACAUACCUCAUCCACAACCGCCGCCGGCACCUUUCGUAUCCUACGUCAGUGUUCCUGCUUAUGUCCCACAUGAUCAGGUCCGUACUCUCUUUGUUGCUGGCCUUCCUGAUGACAUCAAGCCCCGCGAAAUGUACAAUUUAUUCCGCGAGUUCCCUGGCUACGAAUCUUCUCAUCUCCGUACCCCCUCUCAAAAUUCUCAGCCAUUUGCCUUUGCUACAUUCACUGACCAGCCGUCCGCAGUUGCAGCCAUGCAUGCUCUGAAUGGGAUGGUUUUUGAUCUUGAAAAGGGAUCUACCCUAUAUAUUGAUCUAGCAAAAUCUAAUUCCAGAUCUAAGCGUGCAAGAACAGAUGAUGAAUGGUCUAGUUUGGAUAAAAAGGCUAGGGUUUCCUCUGGAUUCUCGAUGGGCACUCCUGAUUCAGCAGGUUUUGGCAGCGUUCACUUGCCUGGAAUGGCUAAUUCUGCUUACAACACGAUUGGUUUUCCAUCUGCACAAAGUCCUGGAAGCAUCGAUGACAGAUCUAGAAAUGAGUCAAAAGCAGGAAGAAUGAAUAAUUCUUCAGCACCUCCAUGCCCAACACUUUUUGUGGCUAAUCUGGGACAAAAUUGUACAGAGGAAGAGCUAAUUCAAGUAUUCUCAAGAUGCCCUGGAUUUCUGAAAUUGAAGAUGCAGAGCACAUAUGGGGCUCCAGUCGCAUUUGUUGAUUUCCAGGAUGCUGCCAGCUCAACUGGGGCACUAAAUCAUCUGCAAGGCACCGUUCUCUAUUCAUCAGUUGCUGGCGAGGGCUUACGGUUAGAAUAUGCAAAAUCACGCAUGGGAAUGCGGAGGAAACCAAGGUAAUUAAUUAUGUAGAAGUGAGCAAACGCGCAUCAUUCACUCGGAUGCACAUUUUACAAGGGUUUUUGUACCCAAAUGAUGCUUGUAAUGUGGUUAGAAGUAUAGAACUAUUUAUAGAAUCAGAAUUUCCUUUGCUAAAUCGUAACAAUCUGUAGUUUAGAUCAUUUUCACAAUGGGAAAUAAAUCUUAUUUGAUUCUCAUACACAAUGCUGGUUAUUUUAUUUUAUAUUAUAUCUCAAUAUGAAGUGAUGAGAAUUGGU